AUGGCCGACACAAGCACUCAAACCCAACCUCGAGCCCAGACCCAACCUCCCUCACAGCCCGCCGCAACAACACAAGACCCUAACUCCCGCGCAACCGGUGCCGGUGCCAAUACAGGCGCUGGGGUCACGCGGCCGAAGACGGAGGCUGAGAUUGAAGCUGAUAGGCGUUAUGAGGAAGCUAUGGAGGAGGAGUAUGCUAAGCGGGAGGGUGGGGCUUAG